CGUUCAACAAUGUCACUCCCCCUUUCCACCAUGUUGGUUCAGGAAGUGGGCUGAGUCGAAGAAGGUUUCGAGUCCGACGGCUUAAACGCUUAAACGACAGCCUUCUAUUCCUUGCCAGCCGUUCCCCCCAAACAAAUUCAACAUCUUUAACAUUUAGCUUACAUGCUGGGCGGCUUUCUGCUCACUCGAGGAAGCCACUUUUCUUCGGAUUGUACCGUAUCACAGCGCCAGAUAUGGCUUCUCUGACGCAGAGAACCUCGGGCCUCGUCCAGCGGAGGACCGAGGCCACCCGUAGCGCCGCCGCCGAUAAGGAGAGGGAGCCCGACGGGGAGGAAGAGGACGCACGUCGCGGCGACGAGGAAGAGGACGACAAGGGGGACUCGAAGGAGACUAGAUUGACACUAAUGGAGGAGGUGUUGCUCUUGGGCCUCAAGGACCGAGAGGGCUACACAUCUUUCUGGAACGACUGUAUUUCCUCUGGCCUCCGAGGGUGCAUGUUGAUCGAGUUGGCUCUCAGGGGGAGGCUCCAGCUGGAGGCCUGCGGCAUGAGGAGAAAAAGUCUGCUCUCUCGGAAGGUGAUCUGCAAGUCUGACGCGCCUACAGGAGACGUGCUGCUGGAUGAGGCCUUGAAGCACAUUAAGGACACUCAGCCUCCAGAGACUGUCCAGAGCUGGGUAGAGCUGCUGAGCGGAGAGACCUGGAAUCCCUUGAAGCUGCACUACCAGCUGAGGAACGUCAGGGAACGUCUGGCCAAAAACCUGGUAGAGAAAGGUGUCCUCACUACAGAGAAACAGAACUUCCUGCUUUUUGACAUGACCACGCAUCCUCUCACCAACAGCACCAUCAAACAGCGUCUCGUCAAGAAAGUCCAGGACUCUGUUCUGGAGAAGUGGGUCAACGAUCCCCACCGCAUGGACAAGCGAGUGUUGUCACUGAUCUUCCUGGCCCACUCUUCAGACGUCCUGGAGAACGCUUUCGCUCCGCUGCAGGAUGAAGAGUACGACCUUGGCAUGAAGCGGUUGCACACCCUGCUGGAUCUGGAGCCGGAGAAGGAGAGCGCCAAGCCCAACACCAAUGAACUCAUGUGGGCCGUGGUGGCCGCCUUCACUAAAUGAGAUGGAAGAACCUUCUUUUUUCCCCCUCUUCUUCUUCUGUUUAUUUUUGUUUUCUUUUUUUAAAGCGAGCAGUCGGAACCUGAAGGACGUGUGUAUUAUUUAAUCGGCUUGAAGGACUUGACUUAAAAUAAGACAAUCUAGUUGGGUCAGGGGGUCCCCAUUCUUAUCCCAGUGCAAUCCCAAUUGGUGGUGGGCUUCACCCGGGUUAAGGUGGUGGUUGGGAACCUUCUCUACAUGAUCAUGGACACGACUCACCGAAGACGCGGAGGGAGAAAGCGGCGUCGGCGGUUGCCAUGGUGACUAUAUAUGAAGACUUCACAAGGAGGAAGUGUCAUCUCCUGUCACGUGCAAAACUUAAAAGACAGCCAAUCACGAGGCUGAAGACCAUGACGCCGUUGAUGUUUUUCAUGUCCCUGUCCACUUUGGAUUCUCCUUUCUCCCUCACGGCACUGAGGAGGAAAGAGAGGACCACUUGGUGCGUCUUUUAAGCGAGCGAGUCAGGCUCGAUUGGCCCUAAUUGGCCCCUGUGUAGGAUGUUAUUCCACGCUAGUUGUCAUUUGUUUCCUGCUUGUGCGAGCAGGGCUGCUUUACGCUUUCAGAACUGGACUUCCAAUUCUCUGUAAGAUAACAAGUAGUUUUGCCAUUUAUCAUCUAUUUUGCACAGUCGAUAGCUCUGUAGGUAGUCGAGUGCGAUGAGGACGAUUGGAAACAAAACACAUUUUAUCUCUAGCUAUCGAUCUUUACAUCAUUCCUCUUAACAUUCUGCACAAAGCGAGGGUCUGUGCAUCGAAAAGACGCACACACCACACGCUCUCUGAGUUUGUAAACCGAUCCUGCAGAUGUUUUUUGUUGGUUAUUUCUUUUCUGACUCCUUGGUGCGAGGCUGCAGGAGAAGCGGCAGAGGCCACGUUGUGCUGCGAUUAACAACGCAGUCCCCACUUGUGACAUUUUAGUCGUUCAGCCGCUCUGCUGAAAUGUCUUUAGCUCCGCGAGUAUUUUGUUUUUAUUCAUGUGGACUGUUUUUUUUUUUCUCUGUAUGUCGUAACAUAAUCAAUCGUCGUCAUUAAUAAUUGGCCCAGGUUGGGGCCAGGUGGCUCCGCCCUUAUCAACAAAAGGGACCUCAUUUUUUUUUCCCCACUGUAGGUAUGAAAAUUUUUUCGAGGUGUGGAUAAUGGAAGUCCGAUCGUCUGCACAUGACUGAACAUCUGUUUCAUGGCAUUAAUACGCCCUUCCUUUCCUGCAGAGCCACACCCAAAGGUGAAAGAAGGGCUGUUUGCAUGCAGUGAGUGGAUUUAGCUCCAGAUGAGGCGGUGUCUGAUGUAAUUAUUAACUCGUUUUACGUGUACGAUCUAAUGGAAUUCUACAAAAGGGAUCUUCUCUCCUGUCCUCUAUCUGUAUGCUUUUGUAUUACCACACGAAAAUAAAGUAAGGAUCCUUUAAGUGCCUGAAUUUA